AUAAAACAUCUGUUGGUGAGCCAGAAACCCGGUAUAUUUGUUGCUAUACUAUUCAAAACGGGCUUUUUUCAUCCAAAAAUGUCUAACGACAUACCCAAAAAGAAAGGGAAGAGUUCGAGCGAGAAAAAGGCGAAAAGAAAGACUAAAAGGAGAGAGACUUACGCUAUGUACAUCUAUAAAGUCCUGAAACAGGUCCAUCCGGAUACUGGCAUUUCCAGCCGAGCCAUGAGCAUCAUGAACUCCUUCGUGAACGACCUCUUCGAGCGGAUCGCCACCGAAGCGUCCCGCCUGGCUCAGUACAACAAGCGCUCCACCAUCACCAGCAGAGAGGUGCAGACCGCAGUCAGGCUGCUGCUGCCCGGGGAACUGGCCAAGCACGCUGUGUCCGAGGGCACCAAGGCGGUGACAAAGUACACCAGCUCCAAGUGAAGACUUCAGCUGAAAUCUGGCUGAUUUUUACAAGGUGAUCACUUAAAUAAAUUCACCGAAAACGGG